CAGGGGGCGAUGUUUCUAUUCUACAGCUGUGACUGCGGCUCAUCUGGUCUGCGGCUGCGUUAAAAGUAAUUCGACCCUCAAACCCGGAUGUAACCAACGCCUAACCUGUCUGAAGAAAAACCAUGCAGACUAUAAAAUGUGUUGUGGUAGGGGACGGUGCAGUAGGAAAGACCUGCUUACUGAUCUCCUACACAACCAACAAGUUCCCCUCAGAAUAUGUGCCUACGGUUUUUGACAAUUAUGCAGUGACAGUGAUGAUCGGAGGAGAACCCUAUACACUCGGUCUAUUUGACACAGCAGGUCAGGAGGAUUACGACAGGCUUCGUCCUCUCAGCUAUCCUCAAACAGACGUGUUCCUUGUGUGUUUCUCUGUCGUCUCACCAUCUUCAUUUGAAAAUGUCAAAGAGAAGUGGGUUCCUGAGAUUUCUCACCACUGCCCACGCACACCCUUCCUGUUAGUGGGCACACAAAUGGACCUGCGGGAAGACAGUAACACGAUCGAGAAACUGGCAAAGAACAAACAGCGCCCCCUAUAUCCUGAGAGCGGAGAGAAGCUGGCCCGCGAGCUCAAGGCUGUCAAAUACGUAGAGUGCUCUGCCCUGACACAGCGAGGGCUUAAGAAUGUGUUUGACGAGGCCAUCCUGGCGGCCUUGGAGCCUCCUGAGACCAAAACCAAGAGAAAGUGCAUUCUGCUAUAGAUGAACAACAACAGUGAGAGAUAUGAUGGUUUAAGAAAUAGAUGAGGUGAAUCAAAACAUCACAAAGAGCAAUGGCCAUGUUGAAAAAAAAAAAAGGACAUAAGCAAAAGGGGAAGGAAGGUACAAUGCCGUUGAGACUUAUUCUAAUACACGUGUACACUGAUUGUGCCUUCUGAAUAAACUUUGAAUGAGGCUGAGGGAGCAAAACUUCAGCAUUCAGUAAAUGUCACCUAUGUCCUUUUUUGUGAAAGCUUUUAAAAUUGCAGUGUUUUCUCUACAAAUAUUCAGGUGGGGCAGGCCCCCCCUGCCUGCCACUGUUGCUCCAUUUAAAAAAAACAAAAAGAGAGAGUGAGAGAUUAUUUUAUCUAGUUGCCUUUGCCCUCUUCUGUCUUUUUCUCUACUUUUUCUUUGCUUUACCUAUUGGGGUUUUUUUUAGUGAACUUUGGUGAGUACAUUUAAAGGGGCAAUUUAUUGUAAAGUGGUACUCUAUUUGCUUUCUUUUUUGAUCACGUUAGAUUGAAUUUCGAAAGCACAAGAGAUUUAUUGUCACUCCAAACAAAGGCAGAUGUCCGUGAUGGUUACUUUCUUCCAAUUCCCAGAGACUUUUGGGGAGGCUAAGUGCAUUUUCACCAAUUUUCACUUCUUCAGUUGACUCAUGAAUUUCUAUUUUAUUCUUCUUUUGUGUAUAUUGUAUUAAUUCUGUGACUCUGUUUUGGGAAAAAUUUUAGCAGUUAUUCAUUUUGAAACUUGAGUUUUUAUUUUAUCAUGAUUUUUUUUUUUUUUUUUAUUGGUAGACCACCAACUUUGAGCGACUGAUAAUAUAACAAAUUAAGUUGUAAUAUUUUGAAUAGAUCUUGAUCUUGAUAGAGAUUGAGAGGAUAACCUUUGCUAGUAAAAUUCUGGGUGUUUGUAAUCACAGGAUAUUUUUAAUAAAAUGGUUUAAUGACA